AUGGGACAUCUAGCCAUAUACGCACCUGGAGUGGUAACUAUCAUCGACUUGCUCCGCUCUUGGCUAUCGGCCUACCGUCAUCUGGUUCUGGCUCCACCCGCUCUGGACCCUGCUCGUCUGCAUCGGGGUCACUGCUUAUCUACCAGCCCUCAGGAGCACCUCCUGCCACCGCCUGACUUUCUGCCAUCUUUACAACUGAAUAAUAUAAUGGGAAAAACUCUCGGAUCUGCGUUGACUGGCGCUUCGGCACAGCUAGGGCCAAUUUUACAACCCGGGGCACCCAAAGGCAGCAUGCCAUCACCGGCAGCGACACGGGCCAUGCUACGACUGCGGCACCUGAUAGAUCCGGCGAAAACACCGUUCUAUGGCGAUCUCUAUUAUGGAGAGGGAAGGAAGGUGUCUGGGCUUGACGAGGACUCUGAACGCCUGUUCAACUCGCAUCAGGUGACUUGUUUAAAUGCCGAUUCACCAUAUAAAACUAUCCUUUUCUGCCUCGGUGACUACAGCCCACAAUUAAGUACGUGA